AAAAAGAACGCUCUUUUGCCUGAGGAAACUCUUCUCUAUCAGAGGCAGCAAUGGCGAUGGGAAGAAAACCGGGCCUUCUGCUUUUGUCGAAUCUGUUCAAAACUCUAGAUCAUCAUCAUCGUCAUUUCUCAUCGUCGAACUCUGGAAAUCUCAGCAUCCUCGGCAAUCACACCGCAAAAUGGAUGCAGGACACAAGCAAGAAAUCUCCCAUGGAACUGAUCAAUGAAGUUCCGCCCAUCAAGGUAGAGGGCCGGAUCGUCGCUUGCGAAGGAGACACCAAUCCUGCUCUCGGGCAUCCGAUCGAAUUCAUAUGCCUUGACCUGAAAGAACCUGCCGUCUGCAAAUAUUGCGGGCUUCGUUAUGUUCAGCACCAUCAUCACUAGGACGCUGUCUUUGUUUUUUCGAUCAACAACUCAGGAACAGUAAUGGUUGUGACUGGCGACAAGCCUUUUGUUCUCUCUUAAAAAAAAAUAAAAAAAAUUAAUGCAAGCUGUAGAAAACAUCCAUUGCUUC